AUGGAGGCCGCCGCUGCUAUCGGAACACAAGGCCGUGAUAAGACCUACGAAAUGGCGCCACUUACUCCGUACCUACAAACGAAGACCGGCACCAAUGGCAGUUUCGCCUUUCUCCCAUCUGAUCCGGUUGCGCCUAUGUCAACGAAGACACUGUCCUUGCGACACCGAAUGGCUCGGCGGUGUCAACUUCGCUUGGGUCUGCGUCUGGGCCAGAAAAAGUCCACGUCGCCAUUACCCCUCUUACAAUCAAUCUCCUCCUCUUCUUCUACUACUGGCCCCAGAGCGAUCAACGGUGAAUUCGACUUCACCAAGUAUCGCCCUAGGUCCUCCAUCCCUGCGAGGCUCCCCACCGGUGUCUAUGCCCAGCAGUGUGUUGCCGCUGCAUAUGCAUGCAGGCUUAGCCCUUACACCCUUCACAAAAAGGAGCAGGAGGCUCUGCAAGACCACCUGUGCCAUCUCCAUGUCACGGUGUACUUGAACAUACGAAAUGGGAUUUUGCGACUCUGGACGCGCAAUCCAAUGGUGAGCGUGACCAAGGAGGAAGCCAUGGGUUGCGCAAAGGACUACCGAUGGAUGAAUUUGGCCUCCUUCGCCUACGAAUGGCUGGUCCGCAAUGGAUACAUCAAUUUCGGCUGUCUGGAGAUUCCCGCCGCCUUGGUAGCGCCCAAGAAGGGCCGACGGAAGGAAGGUCCCGUCAUAGUGGUUAUUGGCGCCGGAAUGGCCGGGUUGGGCUGUGCACGGCAGCUAGAAGGACUCUUUCACCAAUAUCGUGAUUCCUCCACUUCCCCGCGCGUUAUCGUUUUGGAAGGGAGACGCCGAAUCGGAGGCCGGAUCUACUCGCAUCCCUUGCGGAGUCUCCAAUCGUCCGAAUUGGCCCCCGGUCUUGUGCCGAAAGCCGAGAUGGGUGCUCAGAUCAUCGUUGGCUUCGAUCAUGGGAAUCCAUUGGAUCAGAUCGUUCGUGGACAGUUAGCCCUCAGAUACCACCUUCUGCGAGACAUUUCGACGAUUUACGAUAUCGAUGGUUCGCCGGUAGACGAGAUGAGGGAUGCCAUGGAUGAGCGGCUGUACAACGACGUGUUAGAUCGCUCCGGUUUUUACCGGCACAAGUCUGUUAUUUUACCUAGUGCGGAGGGAGAUCGCGAACUGAUCGAUUCAGGUCGCGACAUCUCAACAAGCGACGGACUCACUAUCAGGCAGUAUGAGGAAGCACGGGCUGCAGGAACAAUUGGACUGCUGCUGCCUAGCAAACGUGGUCGUCGGGGUGUAGGACAUAAGACGGCAGAUAUCAAACCCACUGGAGCGCCGGUAGCCGAUCUGGAUUCUUCAGAAGAACAUCCCGCUGCCCUGACUUGUCAAAUGAUGGGAUGGAGGCUGAAUAGUGGAUUCUCCGCCAAUGACACCUUGCAGUUGGAUCAUAUCGCAAAGGCAUCGAAUUUCCAGACUCUCGGCGCUGUAAUGGAUGAGGGCAUCCGUCAAUACCAGCGAAUGCUUCCUCUCACCCCAAAGGAUAUGCGGCUGCUCAAUUGGCACUUUGCGAAUUUAGAAUACGCUAACGCAACUAAUAUUGGCAAUCUGAGUCUCUCGGGCUGGGACCAGGAUAUGGGGAAUGAAUUUGAGGGCGAGCAUUCCCAGGUCAUCGGUGGGUACCAGCAAGUUCCCUAUGGCCUGUGGUCGUUACCGACGAAGCUCGACGUGCGAACAAACAAGAUCGUAUCCAAGAUAUCCUAUGAUCCCACGGGCCUAGGCAAACGAAGGACGGUCGUGCACUGCGAGGAUGGCGACUCCUUCGUCGCCGACAAGGUGGUAUUCACCGGCUCAUUGGGAGUGCUCAAGCACGGGUCUAUCGAGUUUUCGCCUUCUCUCCCGGACUGGAAACGCGGCGCCAUCGACCGACUCGGCUUUGGCGUCAUGAACAAGGUGAUCCUGGUGUUCGAGAAGCCCUUCUGGGACACUGAGCGUGACAUGUUUGGACUGCUCCGCGAGCCCAUCCAUCCAGACAGCAUGGCGCAAGAAGACUAUUCCGCCAACCGCGGCCGGUUCUACCUCUUCUGGAACUGCAUGAAGACCACCGGUCUCCCGGUGUUGAUCGCUCUUAUGGCCGGCGACGCUGCUCAUCAAGCGGAACGUAUCCCAGAUGCUGAGAUCAUCGCGGAAGUAACGAGCCAGCUGCGCAACGUCUUCAAACACACCAGUGUCCCUGACCCGCUAGAAACCAUCAUCACCCGCUGGCGCUCCGAUCGCUUCACUCGCGGCAGCUACUCCUACGUCGCCGCCCAGAGCCUCCCCGGCGAUUACGACCUCAUGGCGCAGUCAAUCGGCAACUUGCACUUUGCCGGUGAAGCUACCUGCGGCACGCAUCCAGCUACCGUACACGGCGCCUACCUUUCCGGGCUGCGUGCCGCAUCCGAGGUGAUCGAAUCUCUAUUAGGACCGAUCGAGCUUCCGAACCCUCUCGUCCCAGAAAAGGUCACCAAACCCGACCCGACCGGCACGCCCACAUCCUCCACCGCAGGCCGCAAACGCAAGAAUCCGCUCGAGUUGGCAGCGGAGGCCACAAAGUCCCCUGAAACAGCCCGCCACGAAGCGUACGAGCAGGCGAUGUGGGCGGCCGUCCACGCGGAGAUAGGCCCCCCUGUCCCGCGGCCCUCCAGAAGCGGCCUGAACCCCUUUCUGCUCUACCAAAAAGACUACUGGGGCAAAUGCCGCGCGCAGUGCGACGACGCCCGCCGUGCCGCGACCGGUAACCCCAACGCCAGUGCGGCGCGCGACGAGAUUCGUCAUGCGCUCGGCCUGAUGUGGCGGCAGGCCCCCGAGGGGGUGAAAUGGCCGUAUCUCAGUAAGGCGGAGGCGAACCGGAUGUUACAUGCGGACCAGAUGACCCACUGGCGGCAAUCGGUGAGGGAGUGGGAGAGGAAGUCGGUCGAGGUGCAGAAGCGGUGGUGCGCGGCUCAUCCCUUUGAGACCUGGGUUGCCUCUGGGGUGGAGGGGUCCUCGAAACGCGUGGCCACGGAUCAUGCUGAUGGGAUCGCGGACGUGGUGCCACCUACAACAGUCGCUGCAGCGCCUGCGUCAGAUCGUCCUGCGCCGGGAUCUGCGCCGAAGUCUGUACCGCAAAGCGCUAAGCACGAUCUCGCUGUCAGUAAUGCAGAGAUGGAUGGCGCAUACUCAUUCGCGGACUCUUCAGCCAAUCUCGAGCUUUAG